AUGGCAGACGGCCGACAGCCAGAAGACGGUGCCCCCCAGUGGGACCCAUCAGGGGGGCAGGAAGCCACAGGCACCCAUGGAGCCAAUGGCUUCUCCUCCUCCUCCACCUACAGGACCUGCCAGCCCAGUGCGGCGCACAUGGCCAUGGGAUCCUACCCGGCCAAGGAGAAUGGGUUCAAUGGGGAGUUAACUGGUGCCCCCGCUAUAACUGCAGAGCAAGUGUCAGCGCGGAUCGUGCAGGAAGUGACGGCGGAGGCAGUGGCGGUACUGAAGGGAGAGCAGGAGACCCAAAGGCUGCCAUCCGUUGAAGACACCACGAAUUUGCCUCCCUCUCCACCCCCCUCACCUUCUGCGGAGCACUUUGGUCCUCUGCAACAAGCUUUGAAGAUGGACUCAGACAAGCAGGGAAGCGAGAAAAGUGGUUCCAUGAGCCCAGACAGCAUUGGAUCGGAGAAGCGCCCAGAGGAGUCUUUCGAGCCCCAGAUGCAAGGGUUCUUUGCUGGAGAACGAGUUGUACCAGAAAGCCCCACAAUGGAUAUGCCAUCAUUUGUCCCUCCGAUUGUUCAAACCCCAACCAAAGAAUCUGCUAGAUCACUCACUCUACAGCCUACAUACGGCGAGCCGAUCACAGUGUCAGAGAAACAGCCGUCAGUGGAGGUAGUGGAGAUCAGCAGCAUCGGUGCGGCCCCUGAUCUCUCGUCACAGGCAGACAAAGUUCAAGAAGGAGACUCAACAAGGGACGCUAGAGACAGAUCUGGCAUGUCGGCAUAUUUUGAAACAUCAACCAUGGGGGUUGAUGAGGCUCCCCAAUGUAAGGGCGAGGGUUAUUACGAACUGAGCCGAUCUGGUGAAGAGAAGAGGACAGAUGAGCAGGAGAUCAGCUACAGCACACUGGCUGGAGCUCUGGGUACACCCAACAUUCAAGAAAGUACAGCAGAAGACACUCAAGGGAUCAAAGUUCCUGACUGGAGUAAUGAAUGCAGGCUUUCCCCGGGUAAACUGGCCUUAGAGCAGAGGAGUUACUCACUUAACAUUACUAUUGGAGCAAUGGAUACGAGUGGCCAAGGCAGACCUAGGAACUUCUCCCCACUGGCCACAGAUAUCAUGUCAUACAGUAGUGGAAGUCUCGUUGUAUCAGCAGACUACCUCCCAAUCACUACACCCUCCGUGGAUAAGCCUCCAUCCUUGCCUCCUUUGAUCCUGGAGACUGCGGCCUCCAUCACCUCAGAUUCCUCCUCUCCUCCAACGACCACUGAACCAGUUUCAAAACCCAGCCCUGAACCGGAGUCGCCAGAAUCACCACAGCCGCUUAUAAGCGCCUAUAAAAAUGGCUCUGUGAUGGCGCAAGACUUGCCUGAGCUGUUGGACCUUGCUGGUACCCGUUCCAGACUUGCAUCGGAUAACACCGAACCAGAAUUCACCAGGAGAAAGUCAUUUCAAGCCGAUUUUGCAGCCUUCGCAGAUGACCCACUGGCGAGCCUAGUUUCAGGGGAACUAAGUCCUGGAGCCAGAAAGAUUGAAAGCCAGCUGGAAGAGAUGGGCUAUUGUGUGUUCAGUGAAUAUUCAGGACCCAUGCCAUCACCUGCAGACGUGUUGAGCCCCACAAACAUUUCUGCACAGUCCUUCGCCCCCUCCGUCCUGGAGGCAAAAAUGGCUGAGCAAGCUAGGAAAUUGGCAGUCAGAGACGCAUCUGUGGAGGACACGAGCCAGCCAUCAGGAGUAGCGGAUGUCUCUGAAGAAAAAGACCUGAGACAACGAGACAGAAACGAUUCUACUGAAGAAAAGGGCAAGGUUGCAGAUGAACAGUCCAAAACAUCUGUUAGUGAGAUGCCAUUAGCUCAGCCAAGUGAGUCCUUUGUGACACCAACAGUCACUGUGACUCUAGAGGAAAGCGGGAGGUCCUUUAGUGACACAGAACAACAAGCAAGUGGCGAAGGGUCAGCAUCAGAAACUGAGAUUGCCAACUAUGAGAGGCAGAUCCGCAAAUUGGAGAUGGAGGAUAGGCCUCUCAGUAUGGAGGCGGAAAGAGAACUGCAGGAGCUUCGGGAUAAAGUGAAACUGGUCCACCAGGAAGCCUAUGAGGAAAUGGAUGCCGAAGAUGUGUACCAGCUGACCGGUGUGGCCAAGGACCGGAUUGCCAGGCCUGUCAAAACUGCUUCGUCCGUGGAGAGCAGCAUCGACGACGAUAAGCUGCUCUCUCCAGUGCUCUCACCUUUAAAGCUGAAACAAAGAGAGGUUUACGGUUCCCCCAAAAGAACGGUGUCACCGGUGUUAGGAGUUAACAAAGAAAAAGAAGAGUCAGAAAAGAAAAAUAGGGAAGAGCAAGAGAAGGAAGCAGCCGAGAAAAAGGUGAAAGAAGAGGCUGAGAGGAAAAUUAGGGAAGAAACAGAAAAGAAAGAAAAUGAACUGAAAGAGAUAGAAGAGAGGAAAAGGAAAGAGAAAGAAGAGGCAGAGAGAAUAUUGAGGGAAGAGAGGGAAAGGAAGGAGAAAGAGCAAGAGAUGAAAGAAAAGGAGAAAGAGAGAGAAAUGAAAGCAAACGAAGAAAGAGAGAAAAAUGAAAGAGAAGAGAAGGAAAAGACUGAGCAAGAGGAGAGAAAAAGGAAAGAGAUAGAAAUAGAGGAACAAGAAAGAAUAAAGAAAGAGUUGCAAAAGAAGGAAGCCAAAGAAAAGAUAGAAAUGGAACUGAAAGAGAAGGAAGACAAAGGAAAGAUAGAAAUGGAACUGAAAGAGAAGGAAGACAAAGAAAAGAUAGAAAUUGAACUGAAAGAGAAGGAAGACAAAGGAAAGAUAGAAAUGGAACUGAAAGAGAAGGAAGCCAAAGAAAAGAUAGAAAUGGAACUGAAAGAGAAGGAAGACAAAGAAAAGAUAGAAAUUGUACUGAAAGAGAAGGAAGACAAAGAAAAGAUAGAAAUGGAACUGAAAGAGAAUGAAGAGAAAGGGAAAGUUGCUGAUAUGGACAAAACGGUUGCGGACAAGUCUGAGGAGAUGGCUGGACAACAAGAGGAACAAGCCGUCGCAAAACCGGUGGAGAAAGAAGCUUCAGUGGAGGCUGAAAGGGCACAAGACAGCGGUGAGGAAGAGGCGCCAGAGAAAGCCGGGCCAGCCGUGGUGAAGAAGAUCCCAGAAACUCGAGCUGCCAUCGAAUCCGUGGUGACAGUUGAAGACGAUUUUAUCACCGUGGUCCAGACCAUUGAUGAAGCAGAAGAGCCGGGACACAGCGUUCGUUUCUCUGCUUCACCUGAGGCUGAAGGCCUUUGUGUCGCUGCCCAGAAGGAGGAAGAGGAGGAAGAGGAGGAAGAGGAGAAUUCUGUGGAAUUGGCCCAAGAAGCAGACAUUGAGGAGGUGGUAGAUGUUCUUGAGAGCCCUGCCUCCCCUGAGAAGGAGGCUCCAACCAUCGACACUGAAGCCCCGACGGAGAGCUACGACAGGGAUGAAACCACAAUGGACGACUCCAUCCUGGACAGCUCCUGGGUUGACACACAAGAUGACGAUAAGAGUAUGGCGACAGAGCAGAUUGAGCCUUUGCCCAAGGAGCCCAGCUCAGUCAAAGCGCCUGCUGUGGUCCAGAACAAGCAUACCCCACAAAGGAAGACCGAGAAGCAAGAAAAGUCCGUCAAGCCAAGGGCCAAGGGGCCCCGGCCUCAGGGCCGGAUCUCCACACCAGAACGCAAGCAUGUCCGCAAAGAACCGAUCUACAUCCCCAGAGAGGAAAUGCAGAAGAAAAAAGCUGUGAUAAGGAAGGCGGAGCUUACCAAGUCCCCAUCUAAGAGGAAUGUGAUGAAGACCCGCCCCACCCAGCACCACUCCUGUCCUAGAAGGAGACUCACAGAGGCGCUUCCAGACAGUCGUCAGCCUCUAAGUGUGGCCAGAAAGUCUCGCGACAGAGCAUCGUGCCAUGCCCAUCGUUCGCCACUCACAAAGAUCCCCGCCUCCAUAUCCAGAGUGGCCGCCUCAUUAGAUAGACCUCGCCCAUCCUCAGCAGAGCUUCAAAGCCUCCCGGUAUUACAGAGACUCAUAGCCAAGGACGGCGGGUCGUGGAGCCCUGUGAAGACGUCCUCCGUGCUGCGACAUGCCUCUGUGCCGCGGCACGCCUCCACCCUGAGUCGCCGGCCAUACCAUGAGGAGAGCUCCACCUCCAUCACCAGCUCCGGGUCCACAGCUCCUCGCAGACCCACAUCGGUUCGCACAGAGAUGAGGGCCGAGCAUAGGACCGGACGGGCCACCAGCAUGACAGAAUCAAUGCGCUCCCGUUCGGCUCGCAGUGGCCACUCCACCCCCCGCACCCCUGGCUCCACAGCCGUCACCCCAGGAACCCCACCCAGCUACUCGUCGUCCUCAAGGACCACUGGAACCCCACGCUCCCUCAGCUUGAUUUCCCAGGAGAGGAAGAUAGCCGUGGUCCGCACCCCACCCAAGUCACCCGCAACCACACCCAAGCAGCUCCGCAUCAUCAGCCAGCCACUGCCUGACUUCAAGAACAUCAGGUCCAAAAUCGGCUCCAUAGAGAAUAUCAAGUACCAGCCCAAAGGAGGACAGGUGAUGAUACAGAACAAGAAGAUUGAUCUGAGCCACGUGACCUCCAAGUGUGGCUCUCUGGACAACAUCCAUCACCGGCCAGGGGGCGGUAACGUGCGUAUAGAGACUGUGAAGUUGGACUUCAAAGACAAAGCCCAAGCCAAGGUGGGUUCCCUGGAUAAUGCCCAGAACACUCCUGGGGGAAGCUGUGUCACGAUUGAGAGCCACAAGCAGAUGAUUCGUGACCACUCCAAGCCACGGGUAGACCCCGGAGCUGAGACUAUUGUCCAGUCGCCAGGCCUGUCCAGCUUGGUGUCCCCCCAGCGCCACCGGGACAGCAACCUGUCCUCCUCCGGCAGUCUCAACGUGCUGGAGUCCCCGCAGUUAGCAACCCUGGCUGAGGAUGUGACUGCAGCUCUGGCCAAGCAGGGUUUGUGAACACUGGUUCUCUGGAUCUCUGCUCUGCACCCCUGGACAUCCUCACCAUGAUCCCUCAAACUUUUCUGCCCACUCCUGCCACCUGAGGCCAACCUCAGCUUAACCACAGCCUCUAAACAUCUCCACUUCAAGACCCAUCACUCAACAUUAAGUAGAGACUCGUAUUAGGAGCUACUGUACUUCUUGAUUUUCCAAAAAUCUGCUAUUUUUUGAUUGAUUCUGUUGGCCUCUCUUUUUCAAUGAUGUUGCAAACAGUAGAAUAGUUCAGUCUGAGCACUGGUUCUAGAUUUAGUGGCACAUACACAGUUCUGGACUAGGUAUUGGCUUAACUGGUCCUGGAUCCGUGUUUUGAAGAAGCUACAACCUUUUUUCUACAUCAAGUAAGAAGUAAUGUGGCUAGCACACCAUGCAGCACGUGUUGUUCUUGCUCAGUAAACGUGCAUGGACGCCAACCCCCCUAACAAGCCAAGCAUCCUUACUGCAAGUCAUUUUUGUCAUCCAAUAUAUAAUAUAUUCAACAAAUAUAUAUAGAAACAUGUAUAAAUCUACAUGUCCUAAAAACAUUUUAAAAGGAAGCGACAAUAUGGCUAUACAAUUACAUGUAAAAUUGCAUUACUGCAAGAACUAGGUCAUGUUAUGACGAGCAUGUAUCGAUUCUAAUAUUAAGAGGCUAUUUUGUAAUCUUAAAAAAAAAUGAUUUUAGUAUGUUAUUUCCUCAAUUAUUGGAUAAAGAUUAAACAAGUUCAUGUUUUGUAGUUCUUAGUUGUUUACAGUGUAAUGCUUGGUGACUGUCAGACAGCUGAAGGGAAGCAUCUCAGUCCUGUUGAAGAGCAUCACACUGCGGAGCAGUUCAAUGUAGGCGCCUGUUGAAACAUCAGAACGAUAAUAAACGCUGGAGCAAAUUCCACCAACAUCCAGCUAGAAGUGUCUCGUCUCUGCAGCGGCAGACAUUGAACUCGCGUCGAUGGACAGUACAGACGUUCCUCCGCUCACAGGCUGACGUCGCACCGCGGCGGAUGACGCUACGAAUGCAACCUGAGACUUAGCAGAAGACGCAGCAGCUACUCUGAAAUGUGUCUGUGCGUUUGGUGGCGAUCCCAUGCCGUUUUACAACAUAUGCUACCGUAUCUGGAUGUUUUGUUGCAAUAUGUGGGAGAUAAAAGUGGCAAAAAAGAUAUUUCGCAAAAAUACAUUUAAAAAGACAAUUCAAGACGUAAAACAAAACGGCCGAGGGAACUCGGAUCUUGUAACAGCUGUUCGGAAAAAAAGUGUUUGGGUGAUCUAGUUUCUUUUUCAGACACCAUUUGUUGUACAUCCUGCCUCCCGCCCAACUACUGCCCCCACCUGCGAUUGUUUGUUUGCUUCUGUGUUUUUUCUGCAUACCCCAUCUCUGUGCCCCCUUCCCACCUCCUGCUCCACCCCCAGCAACUGUAAUUGUAUUUAAAAGGUCAAGUAGAUGUACGCAGUUUUCUCUUGUUGAUAUGACACCAGUUACAUUAAUUAAUGACAAUAAAAACGACAAAAAGUGAAA